GCUGAAAGAAAACUUUUCACAUUCUUUUUUUUUUCUUUGGUCCUCUUUUCUUGCGUUGCAUCUGGCGCAUCAUUUUUUAUCUUUUUCUGAUUUAAUUCAUUGUAUACAAAAGGAAAACGGAAAACUGUCAAGAAAAAGUGAUGAACUCUCCGGAUGGAAUUCGUCAUCAAGACAACCACGACAUUCCCAAUAGACGACGGUCAUUGGCGAUUUCUGCUUUAUUGAACACGGAGCCGGUAGAUCCUCUUUGCAUCAAAGUACCUUCUGUGAAUGCCGGUCCUACCCCGCCAUGGACCCAAGGUGACCAAUACCAAGCUUUCAACUCAGGCCGCGACUACUUUUCUUUGCGAUCCUCACCAUUGUCCAGCGUCGCGUCCUCGCCAGGUGCAAUGUUAGCCAUUCCCGGUCUGGACAAGGGUGGGGGUUUGCGAACACCACACAUUGAACUGACCACCGCCGUCGAGCCUCCCGAUAUGUGGAAUCAUCCAAAAACAGGAGUUCAUCAAACCAACGACGGUAGCAUUGUCGUCUCGGCUUUGGCCAAGGCCAAGCGCAAACGCAUUUUGCCGCAUCAAUACAAUCGAUUAAUGGACAUUUUCGAGCAAACUGAUACCCCAAGUUCCGAAAUCAGAGAACAAUUAGCCGAAGAAUUGGGAAUGACCAAACGUGAAGUUCAGGUAUGGUUCCAAAACCGGCGAGCCAAAGUCAAUCGAAGUAAAGCGGCGGCGGCUUCUUCAGCCAAAAGCGAGACAACCAAUCAAUCCAUGGCUCUUGACAAUGUAUCGCGUCCGUCUUAUCACCAUCAUCAUCAUCGCCAUCAUUCAAGUGAUGGUCGCAUUGACAGUCGCCACGGCAGACCCGCGGAUCACUAUGCCGACUCGUUGCCACCGCUUUCAUCCGAUCCUUUACAUCAUCAAUUGCCUAUUCCGGAACCGUGGCAUCGUCCAUCGCAUUCACAACAUUUAUCAGUGAGCUCGAAACGGUUGACGCCACGGCGCGCCAGCACUUCUUUCGAGCAUCCAUACUAUGUACCGCGCCGUCAUUCGAGCAGUCAACUGCCGACCUCCUCUUUUGAAGUCUCGCAUGCUCAGCGCCCAGAAGCUCGUCUGGCUGGUUUGACUCUCCAUUCCACCGACUCUGAGGAUCAGCACAGCCUACUGGAACCUCCGGCUUCAGCUGAAGCACCUCCCCAACAGCUUCCUCGCACCAGAUCAGCCAUUGACCUCUUAGCGUCGGCAAGCGAACUCGUACGCAAUACGAAAAAGUAAUUUUAUG